ACUUCAGCUCAACACAUCAGAGUGCUUCAUGUCUCAAACGCUUCCAGCUUCACGUUCAGUGAGGAAGAUGGAUUUCAGAGCCGUCAAGUUUCUUUUCUGUGUGGUUUGUCUGGUGCGCUGCAGCCCGGAGCAGAGCUCCACAAAGAAGAAGGAUGGUAAAAAAGAGUCGAACAGUGCUGCUAUCGAGGAGCUGAAGAAACAGAUCGAGCAGAUCGUGCAGGAUCUGAACCUGAUCAAGGAGCAGCAAGCUUUACAAACAGUUUGCUUAAAAGGCAUCAAGAUCCCAGGCAAGUGUUUUCUCGUGGACACGACGAAGAAGAGCUUUCACACCGCAAACGAUGACUGCAUUGAUAAAGGAGGAACGCUCAGCAGCCCUCUUUCUGGCGACGAGAACGACCAGCUGUAUGAUUACGUGCGGCAGACCGUCGGGCCAGAAGGGCACAUCUGGUUGGGUGUGAAUGACAUACUGAAGGAGGGCGAGUGGAUCGACCAGGCGGGCUCACAGAUACGCUUCAAGAACUGGGAAUCAGAGAUCACCCAUCAGCCCGACGGAGGACGCAGCCAGAACUGUGCUAUCCUGUCCAGCACGGCCAACGGGAAGUGGUUCGACGAGGACUGCCGCGGAGAAAGGGCGUCUGUCUGCCAGUUCAACAUCGUCUAAUCCAUUUGAAGAGCAACAUUAUAUAGAAAGAUGGAUUACACAGAUAUUUUCAGUAGCAUGUGUAACAAAAAGUUCAGUUAAAGGUACAUUAUGUAAGAUUUUUUCAUUAAAAUAUCCAAAAACCAA